AUGGUUGGCAUUUACUACCACCGAUUGAAGGAUGGCUCUAUGGUGCGAAGUUUAAAUCAGAAAUUAAAAUGGCUCUACCUCAGAAACUGUGUUUCUCAGAACUUCGUGCACCAUUGGAGUGCCAGUAGCAGAUGGGACCGAUAUGGGCGGUUAAUCGCGAAACAAACAAUCGAACUGAUGGCCCUCUGUGUAUUAUGGGCAAAUCUGAGCGAUACACGAUACGAGACUAGUGGCAUAAUAAUUUCAUCGCUUAUGUCGAUACUGCCAGCCACCAUCUGUUUGCUGAUAUCUGUUGAGAUGGGCAUCAUAUUUUCUUUUAUGGCCCUAUCGUUAACCGAUUUGAAUCGGUCCUUGGAUAGGUUGGUAGUUGGACACACUUCAAACAAACCCGCGACAUUCGGUCGUCAUGAUCGUACUCGAAAUGAAAAUUGUUUGCUUCGUGAAUCACCCCGAUUUGGUCGGGCUGGGAACAAUAUGCUAUGCAAUCUAAUUAUGCAAUACGACAAGCUGGUCGAUGUGGCAGCAAUCGUGGUGCAAUUUUAUUCUCCAGCUUUGCUCCUCAUCAUAGGAAUGCAUUUUGUGCAGUUCACCAUGCAGCUUUUCCUUUGCUAUGGGAAAAUGUCCAGCACGACCAGUGAAUCCGUGAACAAUGAUAAGCUUGGUCAAACUCUGCUACCGUUGGUGUCGGCCGCCGCUAGCCUAAUUCAGAUGUUUUUCAUCAUUGAUACGACGGCUGAUUUCAAUCGUAAGGGCACGAAAUGA